UAAAGUUGUGUUUACCUUUCGAAAACAAAGUUUUCGGUUAUUUCCUUAUUUUUGUCGUGAUUUUUAUAUAUAUACCUAAAUAAAAUUUAAAGAUCGUUAGUAAAAUAUAUUUCAUCCGCCGUACAGGUGUCCAUAAUGGUCGAUUUCGAUUAUUCAAGCGACCGCUGCCGGUUGUGCUCCACUUUGUCGACUCCGGCGACCGCAGAGGAAAUCUUCCCCGCUGGUUGCCAACCAAAGCGGGCCCUUAUUACGAUGAUCUACGAGUGCACAUCGAUCCGGAUCAGCUUCGAGCGGGACCGCCGUUGCCUUGUGUGUGACCAAUGUUUGCGAAUGCUGAAGCAGUUCCAUGGUUACCGGAGUCGUUGUUUGGCAAAUGACCAGGUACUCCGGCUAGACCGAAGGAUGGAAGAGGACGACAAUUCGGACGACGAUGAUCCGCUGGAUGGGGAUGAAGCUUUCACUAUCAAAACGGAAGACGACGGCGAAAUGGACGAUGAGGUGAACUUUUAUGGGCGAAUGAAGCGACAGAUUAGACAGUUUCUGGAUAAGAAGACGAAGGAAAUUGAGCAGAAGGCACUGACCAUGGUAGAUGAGGCAGUGCGGAAUCGAAGGGUGCAGGGAAUUGGGGAAAAAGAAACUGAAGGUGGCGUUGAUUGGAAGAGCAAAUACGAAAUUUUGCAGAAGAACAAUGAGCUACUGCAGAAAGCAUUUCACGAUCAGAGGGAAAAAUUGAAGCUGACGGAGCAGAUACUGACAAACUUACAGAAAAAUUCGAUAUUGACGAGUUCGGUCGAGUCUUUCGCAGAUGAUUCGGACCAUGACCAAGUGGGGGGAAAAUUCACGAGACAUCCGGCUAUUCCGGAGAUUUCAACGGAUUUUCUGCAGAAUUUAAACUAUAAUUCUGGCCCGGGAGAGAAAGGUGAUCGUAAUUUCAUAUCCAAGCUGGCGCUUGCCGUGUUCGGGGAAGAUAUUUUAGUCAAUUCGAGCGUUACCGGAAGGCCGUCUAAUGCCCAUCACAACAUUCCACCGAAGCCCCCACUCUGCUCGGAAAAAAUGGCAGCGAUUGAAGCAAAACUGUAUGAACGGGUGGAACAGGAAGUGGGCCGCAACAAUCGAUCGGAACUACUACAACGUUCGAGCGAGAAGGUGGUCCGAUUGGUGGUUUGUCAAAAAUCGAUGAACCUUCGCAAGCAAGUGCAGAAGAGAAGCCAAUCCACCGCUGGUGGAGGAAGUGGAAAUGUGUCGUUUGGUGAAGACGACCAAGAUGAAGAUCCACGACCGCGCACCAAGCGAAAGGCAACGUAAGUAUUCUCAAUAAACGUACGUACAUAUGAA